GCUAAACGUGCUGGUACGCACAAGGGAGAGGGAGGAAGUCUCCUUUGAGACAAAAACCCAUGCUAGGGUCCUAUCCCACACAAAUCAUUGUGUUGGUUGAAAAGGACUUCUCCCCUACCCUCUCUUCAAUCCAUUCGGCCAGCACAAGGGAGAUAAGGUCCAGGGAAAAGGCUCUCAAAGUUCUGGAGCUGAAGAAACCAAGAGGAGAGAAAGAUCCAAGAAGAAAAGCUAGAAGAAGAGGGAGGGUUGGCCAAUCGAUAGGAGUCGAAACCGCCGGAAACCGCCACUUCAAAGGAGCUAGUCGUAGUAGCAGACCACGAAAGCCGCCCGGCUUUCGUGAAAGCCGCCCGGCUUUUGCCCAACAGUUCAGUUUUACACCUCCAAUCGGCCUAGAACGGGGAUUGAUCGAGGGGCUUAGCAAAGGCAACUAUUUCAGCACUUCAUAAGUUUCAGGUAGGACUUGAAGGUUGCUACCAUCGCCCACGGCUUCGGGAGGAUCAAGGGGAGAAGACGUGGUUCGUGCUUCUUCCGUUCUGUUUUAAAAACAAUUACGUUAAUGCUCUUGAAUAUUAUUUUUGAAUAAUUACUUUGAGGGCUUGUAUGCCGAGUUAUGCCAAGUGUGGCUUGAACAAUUGUAUUUAUG